AAUCACAACAAUGACUUCUCCGCUGGCGCCCGAGGAGCGUGUCUGAGCCCCGCCGAGCAGCGGCAGCGGCGGCGCUGGGCAGAGGGGCUCGCUGGCCGCCGCUGCUCUCAUUGUUCGGAGAGGGACAAAACCACGCUGUGAGCAUGUGGAUCCCUACAGAGCACGAGAAAUACGGCGUGGUGAUAGCCAGUUUUCGAGGAACAGUCCCACAUGGCUUAUCAUUGGAGAUUGGAGACACAGUUCAAAUACUAGAAAAAUGUGAUGGCUGGUACAGAGGAUUUGCCUUAAAAAACCCAAAUAUCAAGGGUAUAUUUCCAUCCAACUAUAUCCACUUGAAAAAUGCAUGUGUUAAGAACAAAGGGCAGUUUGAAAUGGUUAUUCCAACAGAAGACUCCGUUAUCACAGAGAUGACAUCAACUUUAAGAGAUUGGGGGACCAUGUGGAAACAACUUUAUGUGAGAAAUGAAGGGGAUCUUUUUCAUCGACUAUGGCACAUAAUGAAUGAAAUCCUGGACCUGAGAAGGCAGGUGCUCGUUGGCCAUCUCACCCAUGACCGGAUGAAGGAUGUAAAACGGCAUAUCACUGCUCGCCUGGAUUGGGGCAAUGAGCAAUUGGGGCUAGACUUGGUUCCAAGAAAAGAAUAUGCUAUGGUGGAUCCUGACGAGAUCAGUAUUACAGAACUCUAUAGGCUGAUGGAGCAUCGUCAUCGAAAGAAAGACACUCCUAUCCCAGCAAGCAACCAUCAUCUUUUUGUGCAGAUGAAGAGUCUGAUGUGCUCCAAUCUGGGAGAGGAAUUGGAAGUCAUCUUCUCACUGUUUGAUAGUAAAGAGAAUCGACCAAUCAGCGAGAGGUUUUUUUUAAGACUGAAUAGGAAUGGUUUGCCAAAAUGUCCAGAGAAGCCAGAAAGACAUUGUUCUCUCUUUGUGGAUUUGAGCAGCAGUGAACUCAGGAAGGACAUCUACAUCACUGUGCACAUUAUCCGCAUAGGCCGAAUGGGAGCUGGAGAAAAGAAAAAUGCUUGCAACGUACAAUACCGACGGCCCUUUGGCUGUGCAGUCCUCAGCAUUGCAGAUUUACUAGCAGGAGACUCAAAGGAUGACCUUAUCUUAAAAGUAUACAUGUGCAACACCGAGAGUGAUUGGUAUCAGAUCCAUGAAAACAUCAUCAAAAAGCUAAAUGUUCGUUACAACUUGACAGGUUCCAAUGCUGGUCUGGCAGUUUCUCUUCAACUGUUUCAUGGAGACAUUGAACAAAUUAGGAGAGAUUACACAUCCAUGUUUACUCAUGGGGUAUCAAUAACAAGGAAGCUGGGUUUUUCCAAUAUUAUCAUGCCUGGCGAAAUGAGGAAUGAUUUAUACAUCACUAUAGAAAGAGGAGAAUUUGAAAAAGGAGGAAAAAGUGUGGCCAGAAACGUGGAAGUGAUGAUGCACAUUGUGGACAGUGGUGGCCAAAUUUUAAAGGAUUUUAUCUCCUUUGGCUCUGGAGAGCCGCCAGCUAGCAAGUUCCAUUCCUUUGUGCUUUAUCACAACAACAGUCCCAGAUGGGCUGAGCUGCUGAAACUUCCUAUUCCUGUGGAUAAAUUCAGGGGAGCACACAUCCGCUUUGAAUUUCGGCAUUGUUCUACAAAAGAAAAGGGCGAGAAGAAGUUGUUUGGCUUUUCUUUCGUGCCCCUGAUGCAGGAAAAUGGGAGGACGUUGCCAGAUGGCACUCAUGAACUCAUUGUGCACAAGUGUGAAGAAAACACAAACCUUCAGGAUUCUAGUCGCUACCUCAAACUCCCCUUUUCAAAGGGAAUUCUCCUAGGGAAUAACCACCAAGCAAUAAAAACCACUAAAGAGUCUUUCUGGAUUACGUCUUUUCUCUGCUCCACUAAACUCACGCAAAAUGGGGAUAUGCUUGAUCUUCUUAAGUGGAGAGCCCACCCGGACAAAAUUGCAGGCUGCCUCACAAAACUAAAAGAAAUUGAUGGUUCAGAAAUAGUAAAGUUCCUUCAGGACACACUGGAUACUUUAUUUGGCAUUUUAGAUGAAAAUUCCCAAAAAUAUGGGUCAAAAGUAUUUGAUUCUUUGGUUCACAUAAUAAAUUUGCUGCAGGACAGCAAGUUUCAUCAUUUUAAGCCAGUAAUGGACACUUACAUUGAAAGUCAUUUUGCAGGUGCACUUGCAUACAGAGAUCUUAUAAAAGUACUUAAGUGGCAUGUUGAUCGAGUAACAGACAUGGAGAUACAAGAGCAUAUCCAUGAAGUGUUAAAGGCACAAGAAUAUAUCUUUAAAUAUAUAGUUCAGUCUCGGAGGCUGUUCUCGCUUGCCACUGGUGGACAAAAUGAGGAGGAAUUCCGCUGCUGUAUUCAAGAGUUGCUUAUGUCAAUACGAUUUUUCCUUUCCCAAGAGAGCAAAGGGGCUAGUGCUUUAUCUCAAUCACAAGCUGUGUUUCUCUGCUCCUUCCCAGCUGUAUACUCUGAGCUGCUGAAGCUCUUCGAUGUGCGAGAGGUGGCAAACUUGGUGCAUGAUACUCUAGGCAGCUUGCCAACCAUCAUGCAUGUGGAUGAAUCCCUUCAAGCUGUUAAACUACAGUGUAUUGGUAAAACAGUGGAAAGUCAACUAUACACUAAUCCAGAUUCCAGAUAUAUUCUUCUUCCAGUAGUUUUACAUCACCUCCACAUGCAUUUACAAGAGCAGAAGGAUCUUACAAUGUGUGCACGUAUCCUUAGCAACAUAUUUUGUUUCAUAAAGAAAAAUAGCUCAGAAAAAUCCGUCUUGGAAGAAAUAGAUGUGAUUGUGAACAGCCUGCUGGAUAUACUGUUGAGAACCAUAUUAGAGAUCACAAGCAGACCUCAGCCAUCAGGGUCUGCGAUGCGCCUGCAGUUUCAAGACGUGACUGGGGAAUUUGUUUCCUGUCUCUUGUCACUAUUACGACAAAUGACAGACCGACAUUACCAGCAACUUCUUGAUAGAUUCAACACAAAGGAUGAGCUGAGAGAUUUCCUGCUGCAAAUUUUUACUGUGUUUCGAAUACUCAUACGACCUGAGAUGUUUCCAAAAGACUGGACUGUGAUGCGUUUGGUUGCUAACAAUGUUAUUAUUACAACAGUCCUGUAUCUUUCGGAUGCCCUUCGUAAGAACUUCCUAAAUGAAAACUUUGAUUAUAAGAUCUGGGAUUCCUACUUUUACCUUGCUGUCAUUUUUAUAAACCAAUUAUGUCUGCAACUGGAGAUGUUCACACCUUCCAAGAAGAAAAAGGUGUUGGAAAAAUAUGGUGACAUGCGGGUAACGAUGGGAUGUGAAAUCUUCAGCAUGUGGCAAAAUUUAGGGGAACAUAAACUUCACUUCAUACCAGCUCUCAUUGGCCCCUUCUUAGAAGUGACACUGAUACCUCAGCCUGACCUGCGGAAUGUAAUGAUUCCCAUUUUCCAUGACAUGAUGGAUUGGGAACAAAGGCGCAGUGGCAACUUCAAACAGGUGGAGGCAAAACUGAUUGACAAAUUGGAUAGCUUGAUGUCUGAAGGCAAAGGUGACGAAACGUACCGAGAGCUCUUCAACAGCAUAAUUCCACUCUUUGGUCCCUAUCCUAGCCUCCUGAAGAAAAUUGAGCGGGAAACGUGGAGAGAAAGUGGUGUUUCAUUAAUCGCCACUGUAACUCGACUAAUGGAAAGGUUACUGGACUACAGGGACUGCAUGAAAAUAGGAGAAGUGGAUGGUAAAAAGAUUGGCUGCACUGUUAGCCUGUUGAACUUUUAUAAGACCGAACUGAAUAAGGAGGAGAUGUAUAUUCGCUAUAUCCAUAAGCUAUACGACCUGCAUCUGAAGGCACAAAACUUUACAGAGGCUGCCUACACACUAUUGCUGUACGAUGAGCUAUUAGAAUGGUCUGACCGGCCAUUGAGAGAAUUUCUAAACUAUCCCAUGCAAACAGAGUGGCAGCGCAAAGAGUAUCUUCACCUUACAAUCAUCCAGAACUUUGACCGGGGAAAAUGUUGGGAGAAUGGCAUCAUCUUAUGCAGGAAGAUUGCAGAGCAGUACGAGAGCUAUUAUGACUACAGAAAUCUCAGCAAGAUGAGGAUGAUGGAAGCUUCUUUGUAUGAUAAAAUCAUGGAUCAACAACGUUUGGAGCCAGAGUUUUUCAGAGUUGGAUUUUAUGGGAAAAAGUUUCCAUUUUUCUUGAGAAAUAAGGAGUUUGUUUGCCGAGGACAUGACUAUGAGAGAUUGGAGGCUUUCCAGCAGCGAAUGUUGAAUGAGUUCCCACAUGCCAUUGCUAUGCAACAUGCCAAUCAGCCAGAUGAGACGAUCUUUCAGGCAGAAGCACAGUACCUGCAGAUCUAUGCAGUGACACCAAUUCCUGAAAGCCAGGAGGUCCUGCAGAGAGAGGGCAUCCCAGAUAACAUCAAGAGUUUUUAUAAAGUGAAUCACAUCUGGAGAUUCCGAUAUGACAGGCCAUUCCACAAAGGGACCAAAGACAAGGAGAAUGAAUUCAAGAGUCUGUGGGUGGAAAGAACAUCAUUGAUCUUAGUGCAGAGUUUGCCUGGGAUAUCCCGCUGGUUCGAAGUGGAAAAACGUGAAGUAGUGGAAAUGAGUCCCCUCGAGAAUGCUAUUGAAGUGCUGGAAAAUAAGAACCAGCAGCUGAGAACUCUGAUUAGUCAGUGUCAGACCCGACAGAUGCAGAAUAUAAACCCACUCACAAUGUGUCUGAAUGGGGUCAUAGAUGCAGCAGUUAAUGGUGGAGUUGCUAGGUACCAAGAGGCAUUCUUUGUGAAGGAAUAUAUCUUGAACCACCCAGAGGAUGGGGAGAAGAUCACACGCUUGAGAGAGCUGAUGCUUGAGCAGGCCCAGAUUCUAGAAUUUGGAUUAGCUGUACAUGAGAAGUUUGUGCCUCAGGAUAUGAGACCUUUACACAAAAAGCUAGUUGAUCAGUUCUUUGUGAUGAAGUCAAGUUUGGGAAUACAGGAAUUCUCUGCAUGUGUGCAAGCUAGUCCUGUUCACUUCCCUAAUGGAAGCCCUCGUGUAUGUAGAAAUUCAGCGCCUGCUUCUAUGAGUCCAGAUGGUGCCAGGGUAAUUCCUAGACGCAGUCCAUUAAGUUACCCAGCCGUAAACAGAUAUUCAUCCUCGUCAUUGUCAUCACAAGCCUCUGCUGAAGUCAGCAAUAUCACUGGGCAAUCAGAAAGCUCCGACGAAGUUUUCAACAUGCAGCCAAGUCCAUCUACCUCAAGCUUGAGCUCUACUCAUUCCGCUUCACCUAAUGUGACCAGCUCUGCUCCAUCCAGUGCCAGAGCUUCUCCUUUGUUGUCUGACAAACAUAAACAUUCCAGAGAAAAUUCUUGCCUGUCCCCAAGAGAGAGGCCAUGCAGUGCCAUCUACCCGAUUCCUGCAGAACCUUCACAGCCUGUAAACUCUUGCUUUGCCAAGUGGAAUGCGGCCUCCAUUCCCCGCUGUACCAGAGAUUCACCAAGAGAGCGUGAGGAGCCGCUAGGCCCAAUCUCCGCUCUCCCAGAGGCUCACCUGACAGGAAAAUCUCCCAAUCUAUCUCUACCCUCAGUGUCCCCAGACAGGAGAAUGCUGUUUAAUCAUAUCGGAGAUGGUGCUUUGCCCCGAAGUGAUCCUAACCUGUCUGGCCCUGAGAAAGCUGUAAACACCACACCCAGCAGUUGGAGUCUGGACAGUGGAAAAGAAGCCAGGAACAUGUCAGAAAGUGGAAAGCUUAUGUCUCCCCCUGUGCCACCAAGACCCACACAAACUGCUUCACCGGCAAGGCAUGUAGCUUCAGUUUCCCCUUCUCCUGCUGGCAGAUCUCCAAUGAAGGGAUCCAUGCAAUCAUUUACCCCAUCUCCAGUGGAAUGUCAUUCCUCGGGGCUCAUAUCCAACUCCCCAGUCUUGUCAGGAAGUUACAGCAGUGGAAUCUCUUCACUUAGCCGAUGUAGCACAUCAGAAACUUCUGGCUUUGAAAGUCAAGGGAGUGAACAAACUAUUCCAAACUACAGUGUUUCUGAGGAGCCGAUGAGAAAAGAAAGUAAAACUCCGCCACCUUACAGCGUUUAUGAACGAACUUUGAGACGGCCUGUUCCGCUACCUCACAGCCUCUCCAUCCCUGUCACUUCAGAUCCACCAGCACUGCCACCCAAACCCCUGCUGGCGCGGCCAAACAAUCUGGAAAACAGUAGCCGGAGGACUGAACAGGUUCCUCGGCCCAGGCCUCUUCCUCGGAAAGUGUCUCAGUUAUAAGAAGUCACUUUUAUAUUUACUUGCAAUGAAUUCUUUACCGUUUACGAAAUAAUAUUUAAAAAAAGUAAAAUACAUUUAGUGUAGGCACUUUAAUAUUUUACCCAAUUUUUCUUUUAAAUGAUUUUUAAAAUGCUUAUUAAUAUUAUGUUGCACAUUAUUAAAUGAAAUUAAUAAUUUUGAUUGCCAGAUAUUACAGGAAGCAUGAAUGAGAGAAUGUUGUUAAUUUCAAGGUGGUAAAUAUGGAUGCAUAGCUUUUUGGUAUGUUAUGUUCAUUUUUUAAAAAAUAAUUUAAUUAAAUCUAAAACCCCACAAGCUCUCAUUUGCAUUAGUUGUAUGCUUCUUACAAAAUGUAGGCUAUGCUAACUGAGCUAAUUACUAGAAAUAAAUGCACGCUUCCUAACCACAUUGUUUGUAGGCUAGGACAUUUCUGCAAGUAGGCUGAAGGUUGUUCCCAUUUCCCCAUGAGCAGGUUGGUCAAUUCAAAUAUCUGUGCAUGUGGGGUUAGGGGUGGUGCGGAGGAGGGGAUUGUUAAUGCAAGUUACCCCGCAGUAAAAAGUUCUAAAGACAAAAGUUGUAAGUUCUUGAAACAAAAUACUACUUUUGUGUUGCUUUCUAAGAGUAACAAAUAUUCACAUUUCAUUCAGUGUAGAACACCUUUCUGGGAAUUAAUUUGAUUGUUGAGAAACUCUUUAGUCCCAUAACAGUAGCUUAUCUCCUGUAUCUGGUGCACUUCUUUCUUUUUAAGGUGCGAUUUACCUUUACUCUUUCAGUUAGCCCAUACAAAAAAAAUUCCCAUUAAUAGUUAGUUGGAGGUUUUCUCCUGUCUUUGAAAGUUAACUUCAAAAAAAAAAAACCUCUGUACCAGAAGAACAAAUAUCCAGAUAUUAUAGAGGCAUAAAUGAAUGUGUCCCGUUAAUAAGGAUACACAAGAAUCAAUACUGGUUAGUAUUAAAUCAAUGCAGUAAGUGAACAAAUUUAAAGAAUAUAAAUCACUAGCUAUGUAUCAGUAAAUUUUUAAAAGAUAAAGGGCAUUAAUUCACAAUUCUGCACAAAUUAGCAAAAUUCCUAACAGCUCUUCGUGUAUAUUCUUACUAGUGCGGGUUUUUGUUGUUGUUUGUUAUUGGUUUUUAUUUUUGAUUGGUUGUUUUAACUUAGUUGAUCAUUGUCAUCUUUACUGAAGGAAGAUGAUGGUAGACAGUUCUAGGUUGAAUUUCACUAGAUAGCGUCUGUAAAGCAAUGAAAAGCUAAUGCCCAGAUGUAGGAGUGUGGAGAAAGCACCUUGUGUAUGUAUUUUUUGUAGCUCUCUUUCUUUUACUUACUGUUUUUAACACUUGGUUGACAACAGAUUUAUGAACUGUAUUUUAAAUCAUGUUGUUAAAAAUAUUCUCCUUCUUUUUUGGGGAAGCUCAUGUUGGUUUUAAUUGUUUGCUUUGUUGAUAGCUUAACUGGAAGAAAGUGACCACUUUUUAUAUUCUCUCAGUGAAACCUUCAGCAGGUAUGUGCUGUUGAUGGUAGCUAUAGAGGUUUUCUAUAAUAAAUGUUCAAGUAUUUUUGUACAUAACUGGUUAAUUUUAAUAAGGAGUGUACCAUUAUGUGAAAAAAGAAGCAAACAGUUGUGUAUGCAGUAAGAUUGUUAUAAUUAUGCCAAAUACUUUAUGUAUGGAAAAAAGAAUAUUUGUACAUAUGUGCUUUUAACAAUAAUUCUGCCAUAUUGACUUUACAAUUUUGAAUGUCAGAAAAAAUUAAUAUAUGUUAAAAUAUUUAUGUUUUAGUGAAAGUAUUCAUAACUGAAAAAGGAACAUAUGAAUUUUAGCUUUGUAUCUUGCCUAUUUUGAAGUCUGAAAUUCCUUGAACUAGCUCUUGCUUUUGACUAUAACAUUUUUGUGUCUGUAACCACAUUAUAAAAGAUGUAGAAGGCUACAUAUUUAUGCUGGUAUGAAGAGGUAAUGCCUAAGAUUUAACUAAGGUGUCACAAGUAAGAUAACAAAGCUGCUUUGAUUCCGCCCCCCCCCCUGUGUAGUUUAAUAGAUUGGUUGACUAGUGCUUGAGCACAGUAUGAAUCAGUGUUAUUUGCUCCUGAAGCCAUUUAUUUUAUUUCUGGCAGUGAGCAGAAUUGUUGAAUUUAUCAUUUGCAUAUAUUAUUGAAGUCAGCUUUGCAGCAAAACAUUUCAUGAGGUUUCUGUUUACCCAGAUGCUCAUAUAGGUUGCUGCAGAAUAAAGUUACUUGAUUAAUCUUUAUAGUAUAAUUUGUUUUCCACGUAGUAGUAGAUUAUAAAUCAGUUUGUCAUAAAAUUAAACUUUCUGCCUCCUUUGCUUCAAAGAUCCAGUUUUCUUUCUGAUAAAAAUCUCCUGGAUUGAGUUAGUCCUUUCCCUGCUCGGUUCUGUAAUGGCUUUGUGAGACAAUUGCCAAGACAGUAAAGAUUUGGAGGGCAUUCACCUGCACUUCUGAUCAAUGGAGGACUGUAAAAUUUACUAUAAGAGUUAGGUUAAUUUAUGGCAAUUUGAACUCCCUGUUUUUAUAACCAAGACAUCAGGAACACUCUGAACAAUAGGAGACCAUAAAAAAAUGACAGUGAAGUGCUGUAAAAAGGAGCUGACACAUUUUCUGCUUUGCCAGUUUUGACAAAUUGUUUCUGUAGAUCAGCUUUUCUUCCUGGCUUCUACAAAAAUGUAGUCUGAAAUUUGUUAUGUAUGCUACAACACCCAGAGCUUGAAAGCCUACUGUAAAUAAAGCUCUCAUUUGAAUUUUAUGCAUUAUGAA